AUGGCUCUCUAUCGAAACAUUCUGGAUUCAACAGUAUCAACUGAAUCAUCUAUCAAUGUACAACGUAAGAAUCUUGAAAAUAAUGAUCAAGAUGAAGAUUUAUCGUUAACUCUACAUGCUCAAUCAUUAGAUGAACAAUCACAAAAUUGUAAGUCUUUUUAAAACUACUGGAUAUCUCAUUUUCAGCAAAUUGAAAGUUGAAAAGAUUAUUCAACUAAUCGAUCCUUCUUCUAAAACUAUAAAACUGUGUCUGAACAUAUUCUAUUCUGGUGGUAUCUAUCUAGAUGCUUCUGUUCGUAUUCUUUGACGAAUUACUUAGUGGAAACAUGUAUGAAAAAAGGUUCGAAUUAAUCGAAACAUAGUUUGACAACAAUCAAACUAAUGCAUUGAAUGAAAAUAUAAUAUUAGGCAUCAGAAGUAACAAACACAAUCAACCUUUUUCUGUGGAAUCUAUAAACUAUCUAACAUGCUUCAGAAACUGCUAAAUACCUGAUUUAAUGUAGGAGCAUAUUUCAAUUUACAUUGUUUUCAUCAAGUAGUUUAAGAAUAAGAAAAAUAUUUAAAUAUUAAGUCGAAAAACCUUUUCUUAUCAAUAGUUAUUAAGCUGAGCGUGUAAAGAUAUUCUUGACUGUUAGAAUAUUUCUUGUUUUGAAUUAAGUAGACGACGUCGACAAUAACUUUUCGACAUUCUCUUCGUAUCUGACUGAAAAAACACGUCUUUCCUGACGUGUAUGUAAUUUAUUUUCAGUGAAUCAACUUGAUCAAGAAGAAAAGUCUUCAAUUUCACCAUCAUCAUGUACUAUAGAACGUAUAAGCUCUGCACGUGAAUAUGAAUGAUACUCUAUUACUCAAUCUCGGUAUUUUGUUUCUUUUUUUCAUAAUUAUCAUUUAGACUAUCAAAACCAUCAAUCCCAGAAUCCUAUUCACAAAUCCAAUAUUUCUUCAAGCAAUACCAAGAUAAAUUUUGACGAUUCAAAAAAAAGAAGUGAUGAGAAUCUAAAACUACUGUAUUAAUUUAUUCAUUCUUUUGUUCUAUUGUAGAAAUGAUCAGUACUAUUGAUGAAUUUAACACUGAUACCUUUGACAAAACACUGCCAAAAAAACAACUUCAUUCACAAAAUAAUAAUGAUUGUCUUCUUAUACAAUCGCAUCCUCCUAAUUUUUCCAGCAAUAAGCCAACAAUGAAUUGGAAUCGGUUACGAAAACGAAUCAUUGGUUUAAAGAAUAUUGAUAAUAAAAUGUGUUACAUUAAUGCAGCUUUACAGUGCUUUGCUAACACACCUCCUCUGAUUGAAUGGUUAUUUGACCGAUUCAAUGAAUCAGAUACAUGUGAGUAGCAUCUUCUUAUAUUGAAAAGUUUACAAUAUCUAUCAAAGUCAAGUUUAAAUAAAAAAUAUAGCAUCAAAUAAACAAUCAUGUUCAUGAAAUUUCUUCAUUUUAUAUCUCACUACAUAGUGUUAUUUUCUCAAGCUCUUUCGCAACGACAAAAUGAAAGUCAAUAGAACUAUUGAUACUUUAAAUUUGCACAAAAAAACCGAUCUGAUAUUAUAAAUUUUGUUGAGUCAAAAUAAUUGUGACAUAUAUGUCAGCGUCCAAACUGAGAUUACGUCCAAUCUCAGAUUGGCCUAGGCGAAUGUCGGAUCCGACAUUGGACGCGUCCAAUCUCGGAUUCACGCAAUUCUGUUCAUUAAAAUAUCAAUUACCCUUUAGACAGACCUUGGAUUCAAACUUUUUUUUGAAAUUAUGUUCACACAAUGCCGUUUUAAGUAUUACAAGCAUUUAGGAAGAAGCUA